UAAUAGCUUGAUUUAAAGCGGUUGCUGCUAGAUGAUGACCAUUGUCGACAAGGAAACGCUUAAUUACUUCAUCAGGCAGUAAUUUUUAUUUUAUUACUGUAUUCAGUCAGACUGGUUGUGUGUUGAAUGUGAGAAACAUGAUGAUGUUAGAAACAGCAGUCAGCAGCACAACUGUCCCGACUCAGCUGAGAAUGUGAUGAACAUCUAUCGUUUUUAUCAGGUAAAUUAUCGGUUAUAGUGAAGAUAGUGUGUGGUAUUCUCAUCUGAUCUCACAGCAGCGGCGUCUGAGCUUCACCUGAUUCACUGUGUUCAAAGGACUGAAAUCAUCAUGAGAUCAUAGUGCAUCUAAAAUGAGUCUCAAUGAGGAGAUGGAGGACACUGCCUAUGAAAUGAGAUUCUGUGGGAAGAGAGAGGAGCCAGGUGCUGUUCAGAUACAGGCUCAGUCAGGAUCAUCUCCAGAACCCAGCUGUGUGUCUAUGAAGAGUAAGGACUCCAUGAUCCAGCCCCCUGUUUUCAGUGACCGAGCAGUGACAUCUGACCUCAGGUUUGAGAAACGGGCUCUAGAACCCAGCUGUGUGUCUAUGAAAAGUAGCAACUCCAUGUUCCUGCCCCCUGUUUUUAGUGAUGGAGUAGUGACCUCUGAUCUCAAUCACGUGAGGCAAGAACUGAUCCAGGUUCAGUCCAGAUGUGGAGUUUGUGAGCAGGUUAUGAGAGAUCCGGUCUCUAUCACCUGUGGACACAGUUUCUGCAAACACUGUAUCAGCUGCUACUGGGACCAGUCCAGUCCAACAGAAGACUUUAACUGUCCUCAAUGCAGAAAGAGAUCUAGAACUAGUCCUGUUCUACACACACACAAAGUAAUGAGAGGAUCCAGUUCUGCUGGUUCUGUACACUUCUACACAGAAUCAGAUCUGCAGCAGGAUUCUCAACAACCAGUAGAUGUUCUUCAGAAAGUCAAAGACCAACACAAAACCAGAAUGAAGAACAAGUAUGAGAGCUUAUUUGAGGGAAUCAAAAUACAAGAGAAUGAAACCCUCCUGAACAGGAUUUACACACAGCUCUACAUCAUAGAGGGAGAGAGUGAAGGGGUGAAUGAAGAACAUGAGGUUUUACACAUUGAGAAAACAUCCAGAAUUCAACACUUACAAGACACUCCAAUCUACUGCAAUGACAUCUUUAAACCCUUACCUGAACCAGGAUGUGAGGAGAAGACAAAAGACCAAAUAAAGACUGUUCUUACUAAAGGCAUCGCUGGAAUUGGAAAAACAGUCUCUGUGCAGAAGUUUAUUCUGGACUGGGCCGAGGGAAAAGCCAAUCAGGAUGUAGAUUUCAUGUUUGUGCUUCCAUUUCGAGAGCUGAACUUGAUUAAAGAUGAGCAGUACAGUCUUCACAAACUUCUGCUGGACUUUUAUCCUGAACUUCAUGAUCUGGACUCAAAGAUGUAUGAUGAGUGUAAAGUUGUGUUCAUCUUUGAUGGUCUGGAUGAAAGCAGAAUUCCACUGAUGUUUUCAGACAGUGAGAAAGUUUCUGAUGUGACUAAGACUUCAUCAGUGGGUGUGUUGAUGUCAAACCUCAUCAAAGGAGAUCUGCUUCCCUCUGCUCUCAUCUGGAUUACCUCCAGACCAGCAGCAGCCAAUCAGAUCCCCAACAAAUACAUCAAGCGUGUGACAGAAAUUCAGGGAUUCAAUGACCCUCAGAAGGAGGAAUAUUUCAGGAAGAGAAUCAGUGAUAAGCAUCAAGCCAGCAGAAUCAUCUCACACAUUAAAAAAGCAAGAAGCCUCCACAUCAUGUGCCACAUACCAGUCUUCUGUUGGAUCUCAUCCACUGUGCUUCAAAAUAUCCUGAAACAAGACAACAGUGCAGAAAUCCCUCAAACUCUGACUGAAAUGUACAUCCACUUCCUGCUCAUUCAGAUCAAUAUGAGGAAUCAGAAGUAUGAAGGGAGAGAUCCAGAGAAACUCUUGCAGUCCAACAGAGAAGUGAUUGUGAAACUUGCUGAACUGGCUUUCAAACAGCUGAUGAAGGGCAAUGUCAUGUUCUAUGAGGAGGACCUGAGAGAGAGCAGCAUAGACCUCACUGAUGCCUCAGUGUAUUCUGGGAUCUGCACUGAGAUCUUUAAGGAGGAAUCCAUGUUUCAUCAGAGAAAAGUCUACAGCUUCAUACAUCUCAGCUUUCAGGAGUUUCUGGCUGCUUUCUAUGUUUUUCACUGCCAUUUACUCAAGGACAGUGAGGUUCUGAAAAUGUUUUUGAGAGGAAAGGCCAGAACGCAGAGUGGGGAUGUUCCUCUGAAAGAAUUUCUUCAAGGAGCAGUUAAUAAAUCUCUGAGCAGUAAAGAUGGACAGCUGGAUCUUUUCCUGCGAUUCCUGCUGGGCAUCUCACUGGAGUCCAAUCAGAGACUCUUACAGGAUCUGCUGACACACACACAGAACAGCUCAGAGAGCAUAGAGGAAGUGAUUCAAAGCCUCAAACGAUUAAAAAACAAAAACAAUGUCAAUCCUGAAAGAUGGAUAAAUCUCUCAAACUGCCUACUUGAAAUGAAGGACAAGUCUGCUGUUGAAGAAAUUCAGGCUUUUUUAAAAUCUCCAAGUAACAAAAAACUUUCUCUUUCACAAUGCUCAACUUUAGCAAAUAUAAUCCUGAUGUCAGAGGUACUGGAUGAGUUUGACCUUAAGAAGUAUAACAUAAAAUCAAGCAGUGGUCGACAGAGGCUGGUACCUGCUGUAAGGAACUGCAGAAAAGCUCUAUUGCCAAGCUGUGACCUCAAUGAUAAGUCUUGUGAAAGUUUGGUUUCAGUUCUACAAUCAAAGUCCCUCCUGAGAGAGCUGGAUCUGAGUAACAAUGACCUGCAGGAUUCAGGAGUGAAGCUGCUCUCUGAUGGACUGAAGAGUACAAAUUGUCAACUACAAAUACUGAGAUUAUCAGGCUGUAUGGUGACAGAGGUUGGAUGUUGUUAUCUGGCUUCAGCACUAAGUUCAAACCCCUCACACCUGAAAGAGCUGGAUCUGAGCUACAAUCACCCAGGAGAAUCAGGAGUCAAACAGCUGUAUGAGAGACUCAAUGAUCCAAACUGUAUACUGGACAAACUCAACUUGGAUCAUGGGGGAAAGAUCAGGAUUAUACCAGGACCACAAAAAUAUUUCUGUGAUCUCAUGCUGGAUCCCAAUACCGCAAACUUUUAUCUCUCUCUGUCUGAGAGGAACAGAAAGGUGACAUAUGUGAGAGAGUAUCAGUCAUAUCCUGAUCAUCCAGAGAGAUUUGAUGAUUUAUAUCAGGUUCUGUGUAGAGAGAGUCUGACUGGACGCUGUUACUGGGAGACUGAAUGGAGCGGAGAUGCUGAUAUAUCACUGGCAUAUAAAGGAAUUGACAGGAAAUCAGAUAGAGCCUGUGAGUUUGGACGCAAUGAAAAGUCCUGGAGACUGAUUUGCUCUGAUAAUAGAUUCAGUGUGUGGCACAAUAAUAAGAACAUUAAAAUACCCGCCCCUUCACGUCGCUCUAACAGAGUAGGAGUGUAUCUGGACUGGUCGGCUGGCACUCUGUCCUUUUACAGUGUCUCUGACACACACACACUCACACACUUACACACAUUCAACACCACAUUCACUGAACCCCUCUAUGCUGGAUUUGGCCUUUAUUUCCUCACCUCAGUGUCUCUGUGUCAGACUUCCGUGCAGGUCAACCACAAAUAGCUAUGUACAUUCAGAUCUGUACGUAUAUUUAUUUGUGACAAAGCUAACAUACUGUUAUUCUACAAACUUGGAUUAGGGUUUUUCCAAAAUCCGUAAACCAAGACCAACAUUUCUGAUUGUGACUUCUACAGCUUUAAAGCUACAUUCACUAAACUCGACACAGACCUUCAAACUGUUCUGACUUGGUGUGCUGUGACUUUUCUGACUGACUUAUGGAUUUUCCAUAUCUGACCUUCAUAGUGACCUAAAAUCACAUACACUUACUUAAAGGAAUGUUUAAAUGAGCCAAGAGAGCUUUCUUACAGACAUACAUGCAAAGCAUUAAGCCUCUUUUUCACUCUCUCACUGUCACUUUUCUUUUACACCCGUUAUCACAUUUACUGUUUAAAAGACGUGUAAACGGGGUCCAAAAUGUUUUGAGAUUUGUCCACUUCCAUUUACAUUUAGAGGAGGUCGAAAAUGCAUGUGACCACAUUGCGCUCGUAGUGUAAAUGCAAAUGCAUUUGAACAGCAGCAAAGCUCUGCCUACUCGCCUGUCAGUCAAGUGCUGCUCAGUUAAUACAGGUACUUCACUAAAAUAGAGAGUUCUGCUCUAAACAUGUUUGUGCUUAGAUUAAAUGCAAGUAUAAUUAAGAGAAAGGGUGCGCUGGUUUUAGCUUUUUUUUUUUUGCACUUUAUUAUCAUGCAUUAAUACAUUUUAUGUAAUGAUUUAUGUUGUAACGAAAUCAGAGACCCUCCCCUGGAAAUCCAACACAAGUGGUCAAAAGAUGUAUAUUAUGGGUCGCGUGGCACCAUGCGAGGGUCGGACGUGUGAAAGGCGAGCUCUGCGCACUUUGCAAGUUUUAAUACUUUUAUGUCAUAAACCAAUGAGAUUCAAUACACUCUGAUUCUUGACUGUUCUAGUAAGACAAUAUGUCAAAUAAUUCAAAAUCCUUGGGCUCUGGAGACAUUAAAAGACACUUACGUGCUCAAGCUGACACCCCUGACAAGGCUGCAGACCAGGGGCUCAAUUUGGACAGUGCAGUGAAAGAGAUUCAGUGUCAACUGUUGAACAUGUCGGCAAUGCUGGCAAAGGACAUUGCUGACUUGGAGGAUCUUGCUGUAAUGCGUCGAUCGAUCGCUGCCAUGGAGACUAAAUUCACUGAGAUGGUUACAAGAGUGGCGGAUGUUGAGAAACGGAUCGAUUAUCUGGAGUCAUCGGAGAGGGAAUUAGCCGCUAAUCCUAUAGCGACCAAGAUAGACUUGGAGCGUGUUUGGGAAAAGUUCUCAAGACCUUGAGAAUCAUAACUGGCAAAAUGAUGUCCGAAUUGUUGGAAUUCCUGAGGAUGAGGAAGGCCGAGAUAUGGUGAAAUUCCUAGACGGGCUCUUCCCUAGUAUGCUCGACAUAACAGGCCAUAAGCUGGAAAUCAAGCGAACUCGCAGUGUUCUGGCUCGGAGAUCCGCGGAGGGAGACAGGCCCCGAUCAAUUCUGGCCAAAUUUCUGGGAUUAUCCGAUAAAGAUCUUGUGUUACGCGAGGCAAGGAGUAAAGGAAGGCUUUCUUGAAAGAACCACAACAUUUUCUUGUUCCCACACUUUGCGAAUUCGAGGAGAGAAAUGUGAUUGAUUUAAGGAAUGCAAGAAACUCUUCCACCAACGGAAGGUUGUUUUUCCACUGAUGUUCCCGGCCAAAUUGAGAAUAGAUACUAAGGAUGGCUGUAAAAUAUUUACAUGCCCACAGCAAGCGAUGUCCUUCAUAAAGUCAAUGGAAUGAGUAAGUCAUCGUGCGACGCUCUCGAUACAGCCGAGUGGGCCUCAAUCACUGAACAUUCACUUGACUGUCCGAGGAAACUGAGCGCCUUUUUGUUUCUUUUUAUGCUGGUUCUGCCUAGUGGCUGGAGUUUGUUUUAUGGAAUAACACUCCUUUGGGACAGUUGUGUUGAUGAAUCUACAUGUUCUUUGUGCUUAUGCCUCCUAUUGGCUGGAGUUUGUUUUAUAGAUUCUGUUGUGUAAUUCUGUCUCACAAAAUUUGUAUAGAAGCACCGGACUUGAGCAAUCCGACAGCAAAGUUGUCGCGGGGGCUCUCGUAGGCGUACAUGGACUGUUUGAGUUUAGAGGGAUGGACACCGGUUGGCGCUGUCAUUUGUUUUAAACACUGGCCCUUAACACACUUAAUUUACUAAUCUUUAACCAUGACUUGCACUGCACAUAAGUAAUAUUGGCAUUAUAUUCAUGAUGUUAGUCAGAGGGGAACUGACCCCCACAGUGAGUCUGGUUUCUCUCAAGGUUAUUUUUCUCCAUUAAUCAACAUCUUAUGGAGUUUUGUGUUCCUUACCACAGUCACCUUCAGCUUGCUCACUGGGGUUAUAUAUACAAUUAUUAUUUAAUUCCUUAUUUUUAUACACACUUCAUAAUCUUAUUCAUAUUACACAAUGAUCACUCUAAGACUUUACAGAUAUUACGGUAUCAUUUUCUGUUAAUGCAUAUUUUCUGUAGCUGCUUUGAAAUGUGUGUUGUGAAAAGCGCUAUACAAAUAAAAAUGACUUGA